AUGGAGCUCUUCCUGGCCAAGUGGAUGGUGGCCAAGAAGGCCCCGCAUAGUUUGGGCAACUGGGACGAGACACUGGCGCUUGCCCUGCUGAGACCUGGCGAGGGCUCGAUCCCGGCGAUCUCGAAGUCGAAGUCGAAACGCGAAUGCCCGGAGUUUGGGGCGGAGGGCAUGAGUGCCAGGGCGAUGGGUGGAGAGGUCGUGGGCAUGCAAGGGGUCGCCGCGCCAAACGGCACGGCACGCCUUGACGGGCCGAAGCGGGCCUUGGCACUGCGCACGCAU